AAAUGAUGGCGAUCAUAGAACAUGCUUACUAUGCCAGUUUUGGUUACCAAAUCACAAGCUUCUUUGCAGCUUCAAGCCGUUUUGGAACGCCUGAAGAGCUGAAAGAACUGGUUGACACAGCUCACUCAAUGGGUAUUACAGUCCUCUUAGAUGUGGUACACAGCCAUGCCUCAAAAAAUUCAGAAGAUGGAUUGAAUAUGUUUGAUGGGACAGAGUCCUGUUACUUUCAUUACGGACCUAGAGGGAAUCAUAAUCUUUGGGAUAGUCGAUUGUUUGCCUACUCCAGCUGGGAAGUUUUAAGAUUUCUUCUGUCAAACAUAAGAUGGUGGUUGGAAGAAUAUGGAUUUGAUGGAUUUCGUUUUGAUGGUGUUACAUCCAUGCUGUAUCAUCACCAUGGAAUAGGUCAGAAUUUUUCCGGUGACUACCAUGAGUAUUUUGGACUAGAAGUAGAUGAAGACGCUUUGACUUAUAUCAUGUUGGCAAAUCAUUUGGUUCACACGCUGUAUCCAGAUUCUAUAACAAUAGCUGAGGAUGUAUCAGGAAUGCCCACUCUGUGUUUUCCAAUUUCCCUGGGAGGGGCUGGCUUUGAUUAUCGAUUAGCCAUGGCAGUUCCAGAUAAAUGGAUCCAGUUACUUAAAGAAUAUAAAGAUGAAGAUUGGAAUAUGGGCAAUAUAGUGUAUACACUCACAAACAGACGCUACCUUGAAAAGUGCAUUGCUUAUGCAGAGAGCCAUGAUCAGGCACUCGUUGGGGAUAAGACGCUGGCAUUUUGGUUGAUGGAUGCUGAAAUGUAUACCAACAUGAGUGUUCUAACCCCGUUUACUCCAGUUAUUGAUCGUGGAAUACAGCUUCAUAAAAUGAUUCGACUCAUUACUCAUGCACUCGGCGGAGAAGGCUAUCUCAAUUUCAUGGGUAAUGAAUUUGGGCAUCCUGAAUGGUUAGACUUCCCAAGGAAAGGAAAUAAUGAGAGCUACCAUUAUGCAAGAAGGCAGUUUCAUUUAACUGAUGAUGACCUUCUCCGCUAUAAGUUCCUAAAUAACUUUGACAGGGACAUGAAUAAAUUGGAAGAAAGAUGUCAUUGGCUUUCAGCUCCACAGGCUCAUGUUAGUGAACAGCAUGAAACCAAUAAGAUCAUUGCUUUUGAGAGAGCAGGCCUUCUUUUCGUUUUCAACUUUCAUCCAAGCAACAGCUACACUGAUUACCGACUUGGAACGACAGUGCCAGGUAAGUACAAAAUUGUGCUAGAUUCAGAUGCAGCGGAAUAUGGAGGACACCAGAGACUGGACCACAAUACCGAUUUCUUUUCUAAACCUUUUGAACAUAACAACUGUCCCUAUUCUCUUUUGGUGUACAUUCCAAACCGAGUGGCCCUCGUCCUUCAGAAUGUGGACCUGCCCAACUGAAGAGAUCUGAUUUCAGCUCCAGCAAAGAAAGAUGUGCACUUUGUUUUCCCACGCUUGUUGUCCCAGAGCUUGUAAUGUGUAAGCUUUUCAAAAUAUAUUUGUCUAGCCUAAAUGUCAGAUCUCUGAAAUUCAAUACUGGUUUAUGAAAAUGAAUGUCAAACUUUUCUUUAAGGAGGAGAGGGGAACAUAUUUGUUGGAAUUUUGGAGAUCCUAGACUAUAUUUUCCAGCCAUCUGAACAGCUAGGAUCCUCAAAUGAAGUGUGAUAUAUCAUGUCUUCAAACAAUUUUGCCUUACAGACCAGUUAUUUAGUCCUUUUAAGUUCAGAUUUGAAUCAUGUGUCAUGUUUGAUUAUUUCUGUUGAAUGUAUACAGCAUCUUUUUUAAGGCGAUAUCUGGUGACUUUAUUUGUUCUGGUAUCUCUUGAUCUAAAUUACAAAACACCAAGAUUGUUACUCUCCUUUUUCAAAUUGUGUUUAGAAAUACUGUAAUAAGUAUAUAAUAAUAAUAUAAAACUAAGAAUUGUGUCAAAGAUAAAAGUUGUUGCCUAUGAACUCAUCCAUGCCUUAUUUUGCAUAAGUUUUAUCUUGUGAUCUCUUGUUCACUUAGUAUCUUGGUAGAUGCUAAUAUCUUCAUUUCUGAAGGCCUGACUUGGUAAUUGUAACAU